UCUUCUCGUUUGCGUACCUGAAUGGUCGUAGCGUAGAAUUCGAGAAUGAAGUAGCUCGCAUUCACCAUCACCACUCGCCCUCGCACUCGCCUCUCUCGAGCGAGUCAGUAUCGUGCCGGAGCUCGAGAAGUGUAGACGUUUUGUUCGAGUGAUCCGCGCGCCAACGGCUGCGUGUUCCGAUUUCGGAAUAUUUCGGUGUUAAAAUUACACAUUUUGUUUUUUCUCGUGCAAGUUAUAAAUAUGUGUUUGUGAUUAAUAUUUGUGGCCGGUUCAUUGCCUCCCCGGGGACGUGAGGCGAUCACUUCGAGGUGUUGCGCUUGAUAAUUUUGAAGACAGCAGCAAAUUCUGAAAACUAAAUACAGAUCAGAAGACAGCUGGAUUGGGGCGUAGGGCGUAGGACGCGAUGUGGUCCGGCAAGAAGGGCAGCGAGGGCGGGGACGCGGGUACGCCUCCCGCGCAGGAGGAGGUCAAGCUGGUGCUGGUGGGCGAUUCGCAGUGCGGCAAGACUGCGCUCGUGCAGCGCCUUGUCUCCGACACCUUCCUCGAGGCGUACACGCCGACCGGCUUCGAGAAGUAUGCGUACACGUGCACGGUAGCCGAUUGCAGAGUCAGCUUCUCUGUGUGGGACACCUCAGGAACAACGGCGUACGACACGGUGCGGCCGCUGGCGUACCAAGAUGCCAAAGUGUUCAUGCUGUGCUUCAACAUCGCAGAGCCCGACUCCCUGCACAACGCCGCCGCCAAGUGGUAUCGCGAGGUGCGCACACAUGGCGGGUGCACGCCCGGUGCUGGGGGCGCGGCGGGCGCGGGGAGUGCGCCGGUGUUGCUGUGCGGCUGUAAGGCGGACCUGCGUCACGACAAGGAGACGCUCACCGUACUCUCCAAGCUCCGCACGCGCCCCGUCACCAGCGAGGAGGCGCUGGCGGUGGCGCGGCAGCUCGGCGCGACGACAUACGUGGAGACGUCGUCGCGCGCGUCCGGCAAAGGCGUGCGCGACGCCUUCGAGGUGGCCGCUCUCGCCGCGCUCGGCAAGCUCAACAAGCAGCAGAAGCAAGUGGGCCGCAGCAAGAGCAAGCGCGACCUGAAGGCCGAGCUGAAGGGACGCGCGCGCAGCUGCUGCGUCAUGUGAUCCGCGGCCGGCCACCCCGCGAGGUGGCCGCACGACCUGUAGCUCACACACAACACAUCUCGCACAACACUCUCGAUGUCCCGCGGGGACGUCUCCCCGAUCUGUCGACAGUUGCACGAGUACUAAAGUAACACUUUAAGAUACAUAAAUCGAAAAAAGCUCAAAUUUGGUGAUGAUGAUGUUUUAAAUAUCUGAAAACUUUAUACUUAAUAAGUUAUUUGAAGCAUUUGGACGCUAUAGUGUUAUUGAAAGUGGAACAAAGUUCGUUUUGACUAGCGCGACUAGGACACGGCGCGAUGACGUGUCGUCGACAAAGAAUACGAGUAUUGCAGCGUGGUCGAGUGCGCGCGCUAGUCUGUGAUACACUUUAUAUAUAUAGGAACUUCGCAGAAGGAAGCAGAAUCGAUUGGAGUGGGAGGUUCUGAGAUGAGAGACACAACACACAGACACACGGAACGGUUUCUAGAUGUUAAUAUGGUAUUUACAGUGUAUACUUUAUUGUAAAGACAAUUUACAUUGCGUAGAAAGAUAUGUGUUUUCAUAUACAAUAAGUAAUUUUUUCUAUUGAUGUCGCGUUGCGAGAAUACAAUAUAAUAUUAUGUACUGUGAAAUUUUUAAAAUUGCAAAUUUGUCACAUUUGUUUUGGUAGGACCAAGUUAGUUUUGUAAAUAAGAGGGCGGGGGUUGGAGAGGGAGGACUUGUGAUAGCAAUACGUAAUGUAUCGUAUUAUAAGUGAAUGCACAAUGACGGACAAUACUACAUACAUACAUACAUACAUACAUAUGUAACUAAGGAGGUCCACUGGCGGACAGCCACGUCCACGUGCCGGCUGUUGCUGUAGUUUUGUACGUUUCAUAACGCUCGGUGUCGCUUGCAUUGUUUGCUAGCUCGAUGUUUAAUAUAUAACUAUCUAAUUGUACAUUUUAUAUAAAAAAACUUCUUUAGAUAUAAAAAUGUCAUUUCGGCAAUCGUUCUUUUGAUGAUUGUACAAUGUAAUGGAUCCCGUCGAUCUCUCCUCACUGUACAAUAACGAUGGCGCAGUAUGGCUCUGAAAUAUAUAAGAAUUUUAUACGAAGUGAAAACAAUUCAUUACAGUCCAAAGUCAACGAUAAUAACCAAAUAUUUGUUAAUUUCAAUCGAACUUUAGAAGAAAACAUAAAAUGUGAACAGCGCGGCGUCACCUCGCUGCAGUCACCAGUUAUAUAAUUGUGACAUAUUUAUAAUGUAAGUUGUGCAGAAUAUUAAUGUUUGCAAUAUGAAGUCUAAUAUUACGAGCAAAAGUGCAUUGUGUUUGUUUUACAAAUUGAUUCUUAUUUAGUUGUACGCCUUUUGUACAUACGUACAACAGUGAGUCUCCACUUCGGAAACACCUCGACAAAAUACUGUUCUUUUUCAAAUAACAUGAAAAGAGGAGAGUAAUAUUUGCGUACAAGUAUUGCGGCAGUGGGAACCCACUGUUAAACGUCAACAAUCCGUCGUGAAGACAACGUUAUGGUUCUAAUUGUGUGUUAAUAA